AUGGUGGUUUUAGCAGGCUCUAUUUGUACAAGGGGAGGAAAACCUCUUCUUUCAAGACAGUUCAGAGAGCUUUCGAAAGAUCGCGUUACAUCUUUAUUGUCAAACUUUCCAACCCUUUUAUCGAAAUCAACUAAAACGCAGUUCACGAGUGUCGAGGAUGAAUUCGUCAGAUAUGUUUACCAGCCUUUAGAGGAAUUUUACACAAUUACAUCGAUUGUGGGUACAAUUGAUGAGAGAGAGAUUUUUGACAAUUGUUUUGAGAUUAUCAACGCGUUUGAUGAGAUUGUCAAUUUAGGAUACAAAGAAAAUUUGACACUUUCUCAAAUUGUGACAUUCUUGGAGAUGGAAUCUCACGAAGAAAAGAUUCAGGAAAUUAUCGAGAGAAACAAAGAAUUGGAGGCAGCCGAGGAAAGAAAGCGUAAAGCUACUGAGAUAUUUUUGUCCAAGACUGCUGCUGAUAUUCGUAACAAAGAGAUGCUGAGAAAAGCAAAUACUAGCUCUUUUGGAGAUGGUCCAACAUUACUUGGUCAACAGGACUAUCAGCAAGCAAACUAUCCUCGUCAAGCAGCUUUGGUUCCUCAGCAGGAAGAGCCAAAGCCCUUAGGAGGAAGUCAUUUCAGACAGGCAGUUCCGAGACGGGGUGGCUUACAACUUGGUAAGAAAAAGAAGAUUCCAAGCUCUGGAUUUGGUUUAGGGGGUAGCGAGCCAUUAAUUUCAGGUGCAUCAUCCGGUAGACCAUCAACUGAAGUGAGAGGUAUAUCUUCUUCGCCGGCCGUUGAACCGGAGCACAAAAAGAAGGCUGCAGUUCCAAAUAAAGGAAUUUUGGUCAUUGCGAACGAGAAGGUUGGAGCACAGAUUACCAGAGAUGGCACAAUUUCGUCGGCUGACAUUAAAGGUGAUCUUCAGAUUAGAAUAAAUGACAGCAAAUAUUCACAUGCUAAGUUACAAUUAUCUGUGAACGAGUUGGAUGGUACAAAGACUCAAUUUAAAACUCACCCUAACAUUGAUGGACCGGCAUUUAGGGCAUCUCAUGAGAUUAAAAUGAAGAAUUCAGGAAAAGCAUUCCCAAGUAACGACCAGACAUUAGGCGUUCUACGGUGGAAGAGUGUGCCUAAUGCUAAGAAUAGUGACGAGAAUGUUCUGCUUCCUUUAAUGAUUACCACCUGGGUCAACAAUAACAACGAUGGUACGAUUACCCUCACAUUUGAGUACGAGAAGAAUAAAUCAAGCAUUCUUGAGCAGUUGGCGAUAAUAAUACCAACAUCGAAUGCGACAAUUGAUUCAAGUGACAAUGAUAAUGUUACUUUAGAUUACGCAGAUGAGGGUCUUCAUGUUAAUCUUACAGGAAUCGCAGAAAACCCAGAGGGUUCGUUUGCAAUUACAUGUAAGGAUGUAGAUGACGAAGAGGCAUUAUUCCCCAUGGAGGUUAGCUUUGAUAUUACAAAGCAGCUUGACAAUGGGGAAAGAGGGGGACUUGUCGGUGUCAACGAGGUUGAGAAUACGGAAAGUGGAGAGUCUCUGCCUUUUGAUAGUUACUACAAGUUGACAAGCGAAGGAUUUUACAUAAUUUAA